CCAGAAUGGCAGUCGGGAGAAUUUUGGGAGUGACUUUUCUAGUGACAGUGAUUGUUCAAUUCGACUCCGUUGAAGCCGACUUCGGAUUACGAUACCGAGUUUCAGCAGGUAAAUCGAUUGAAAACUCAGCUAAAAGCUUGAACACAGCAAUUGAUACUUUGAACGAUGAGCUGUUCAAGUUUCGGUCAAACCAAACCGAGCAAAUCGAGCCAAUCUGGAAUGUGUUCCACAACAUCACCCAGAACAUUACCACCUUUGGACGAUCGAUUGUGGUGAGUAUCAACAAAGCCGUUAGCGAUCGGAGAACACCCGUUGAAGAGUUGUUUGCAAAACUCAACACCAUCUACGAUGAAAUGAGUCGAUAUCUGAGGGAUGAUGCUGAACGAGCUUUGGAACCGAUCGAUUCAACUUUGGGGUCGAAUACAACGAAAGAAAUAAAAGAAAUAAUCGAUGACAUGGAAAAAGCAGUGCACGAUGUUACUUUUACGUCAUCUAACGUUGGAAAAGUGGUUGCAAAAACUGCUAGCUCUAAAAGAUUGAACAGUAGAUUGAUCAACGAACAAAUAACACCGAAUAUCACCAGCACUCUCUCGGAUUCGCUGUCCCAGUUGAAAGAACGUACACUGCGCUUGUCUCGGAUGAUGGCUCGUGUUCUUCGUGACGUUGGAGCUGUUCAUGCAUUUGUGGAAAAAGUUGUUGCUGCCGAGAAUGCAACCGGCCCGAGAGUAGCAGAUACGAUGAGAGCUUUCAAGACAGAGAUGCAAAACGAAAAAGAGAAUUCCUUGCGUAGAUACGAUGCUAUGUUCAGGGCGGUGAAAUCCGAUUUGGUGGGCGGAGUAAAUAGAUUACCGAUGUUCAUCUCCGAUCGUAAUCUGCUACCGUUAGUAGAACAAUUUUCUGAAGAAUAUACUAAAAGUUACUACAUCAUUUACUACCGGAAGGAGGCAGACCAUCAAAAUAUAAGUGAAACCUACGAAAAAGUUACCCCGGUGCUGGAACGAAUGAUCAAUGAAUCCAAUCAAAACAUAUCGGUAGCUCUCCAGGAAACGGCUCAGCGCCUUGUCGACAAUUAUGUCAACUCGGAACCGAACGGCGAAGUCUGUUUCAAAAAGUUUAGUUCCUGGAAUGAGUUCUUCAAACCCUUCCAAAUCAUUCAAGACUGGGGAAUAAAUUGCGCCAAUAGAGAAAGAUCCCGUCGAUCGGGCUUAGGAGAGCUGAUGGAUCGUAAAUUUAACCUGAUCAACUACAACAGUGGAGAUCUCGCCAACAACAUCGGAACUUGUACCAGCCAUUCUGGGUUCGCUAACUCCCCAGUGGCCCACGUUAAAGCCGAAACUUGCCUGCAGACGAACCUUCAAUUCUUCGAUGGUUUCAACGCCAUCGUAAAGCGAGAGUUAGACAAUCUCCAAGAACUCCUUGCGACGGAAACCGAGGCCAGUGCGUUCCGGAUGACCAGCUGUUUUAUGGUGCGGGCCAAUGAAUCGUACGCGUUGAUCGAUUACACCAAUCGGCAGAUCGAUUCAUGUUUGGCUGGAAAUAGUACGGUGCGGGAUCUGCAGGCUCAGGACAACCCUGUGGUGGAGAUACAGAUCCCGAUGGCCGAAUCGGAAACGGACUUCAAUGACUAUUUCGAUGCGACUACGGAGGAGGAGGAAGACGAGAAUUCCGGGGAAACGACGACUAAUCCUUCGUUGCAGGAGGAAAAUGAUGCAUUCAUUUAA